AUGUUUUACCAGCCCGGUGUUGAUGAUCACGGUUUACCAUAUGAUCCAUUUAAAGCAUGCGUAGUACCUCGUGCGAUUGGAUGGAUCUCAUCCGUCUCACCCGAAGGCGAGCACAACCUAGCUCCCUACAGCCAGUUCACAAACGUCAGCUUUGACCCGCCCAUGGUCAUGUUCAGCGCGAACCAAACGUACGCUGAAGACCGAAAAGAUACCGUCAACAACAUUGAGCGUACCGGAAGCUUCUGCUGGCAGCUCGCAACGUACCCCCUCCGGGAGAGCGUCAACAUCUCGGCGGAAGCCAUCGGCCCCAACGAGGACGAGUUUGAGAGAGCUGGCCUAAAGAAGACUUGGUCAAAGAGUCUGAAGACGUCCGUCCCCAUGGUUGCCGAUUCGCCUGUCCGCUUCGAGUGCGAGUAUAUGCAGACAGUGCGCCUUCCCGGGAAACCGCCAAUGGGAACUGUCGAUGUUAUUUUUGGCAAAGUUGUCGGCGUUCAUAUUGAUGACAGCGUCUUGACGGAUGGGAGGAUUGAUAUCUCCAAGACAAAUCCAAUUGCCCGACUAGGGUACUUCGAGUACGGUAUCAUAAACGAUCGCUUCGAGAUGAUUGUACCUGGAGAUAAGCGCAUGCUCAUUGGGCUCGAGGGUAACGCAAGUAAUCACACCAAAGACAACCUCAAAGGAGCUUCGGGUGCGGAUGCCUCCGCCUGA